AUGAAACCAACAGAUACUGCCCUGGCUCGUUUCUAUGGCCUGCCAAAGGUGCAUAAACCGAAUGUUCCACUGCGGUCAAUCGUUGCCCUAAAAUGCAGCCCCACCUAUAACUUGGCUAAAUGGAUGUAUUCGAAACUAAAAUUCCUCCAAGACAACUCUGAUGCCUCGGUUCGUUCAGCCUCCCAAUUCCUAGCAGACCUCCAUGGCCGAAGGAUUCAAACGGACGAAAUGAUGGUUUCCUUUGACGUAACAUCAGUAUUCACAUCUACUUCACUGUAUUUGGCACGAGACGUCUUACGCAGGAAACAUGACGAGCUGUACGACAAAACCCAGAGUUCGCUCAAAAAUGAACACCUCAUGGGGCAGUAUGAUUCCGGUGAUCGCAACGUCUUCUACUUCUCUAUCUACGCGUUUGUUAUCGUCAAAAGGAACAUGCUGCAGAAUUUCCAUGAAAUUCUCAACUCCAUCUUCCCAGACGCACAAUUCACGAGCGAAGAAGAAAGGGAUCAGCAGCUACCCUUCCUCGAUGUACUCUUCAUGCGAACUUUCGACGGCAAAAUCGAAACAACGGUCUACAGGAAGGCGACGAACACAACACAG